AGAUUUUGAAUAAAAAACAUUUUCAGACUAUGACUAAAUGGUGUAAGCAUUGUUUAAAAUGAAACAAUUUCUCAAAGUCUUGAAACAUGUCCUACUGCACAACAUUACAUUCAGAUAGAAGUUUAGGGACUCGCAACCCAAGGUGGUUAUGUAGAUCAAUAGAACUGGGUCGUAUUUUGAGGUUGACACUGUCGGAGACACGAAUUCAAUGCAUCCCACCAAACAGUAUUUCUGCAAUGGAUUUGGAGAAGACCGAAUGCAGAUAUUUGAUAUGUGCCGGGUCAGAUAAAAAAAUCACCAUAUAUGAUACAUGGAAACUAGCAAGAGAUGAGAGUAGCCAAGGGGGCUUACCCAAAAUAGCUACUAUUGGUAGCAAAACAAGGCAGAAAAAAUACAUGCAUAAAUCUACAAUGAGUUCAAUACAAUGGUAUCCCCAUGAUACCGGUAUCUUUGUAACAUCUGCGUUUGAUGGAACAAUUAAAAUAUGGGACACAAAUAGAUUGAGACCUGCAGAAACAUUGGAGAUCAACUGUGUUAUUCAUAAUCACCAUCUUUCUCCAAUAUCCACCCAACACUCUCUGAUAGCAGCUGCAUCUGCAGACCACAUAAGGCUUGCUGAUAUUCGAUCUUCUGCUACUUCACAUACUCUAAAAGGUCACCGUGAUACCGUGCUCUGCGUGAAAUGGUCACCAAAAGAUGAGUAUGUUCUCGCGAGUGGAAGCGAAGACAAUCGGGUUCUGUUAUGGGACGUCCGACAAGCAAAGGCAGUGUUGCACAACCUCGAUCAACACAACGGGGACACCACGGCAAGCUCAGCUGCAGUUAUUUUUUUCCGAAUAGUCGGCACAGCUCACACUGGAAGUGUGAACAGCAUUCUAUUCAGUGAGGAUGGUCGGUAUCUACUCACAUUUGCUACCGACCAACGACUGCAUUUGUGGAAUACUGAUACCGGCAAAAAUACGUUAGUGAACUACGGUCGAAUUGACAACCCAUCAAAACAUCGCUACCUCGGUAUGACGUUAUACAAGGGCGGUGCCACUUCUUCAAUAGCGUUCGUGCCUUCGGGUCGCCAAAUUAACAUGUUGGAUUUCUACACUGGUGCUCACCUGCGCCGCUUAGCGGGACACUUCAGCGACGUAAGGUGCUGCGAAUACAACCCUUAUCGACAGGAAUUGUAUUCCGCUGGUCAAACGUCCAACGUUCUGAUUUGGAGCCCAGCAGAACCUGAUUCGGAAGCUACAGUGCCAUCUAACGGUCAGAACCUGGCGCCCACCGCAUCAUCUUUGCUGUUAGAUAACUGGAGUGACAGCGAUUGAAUAAAGCCUUUCUUACAUGGUUGGCUUAAUAAAGUUUGCGGAAUUGUGGCCGCAGUUAUCCAUAGAAGAAUGAAAUUUUAGUUUUCGAAGGUGGAAAUAGGCAGGGGGGACUCUUUCUGUGCAAACAAUUAUAGAUGUCAAAUGUGUUUGACGCUGUAUUUGCAUUGCUAUACGUGUUCACAUAUUUCUGUUUUCACUUGCUUGUAUUGGCGCCCGUUACUGAUUGAAUUCUCGUGAAUAUACGAAUCUAGUUUCAUAGU